UAUAAUGAAGUUAUGAAGAAUCAACAACUAUUAGUUUAAGUACUCAAGUGUAAUUAGAAUUCUAUGACUUCUAGAAGCAUCAACCUAUAUAGUAUGAAAAACAUUAAGUAAUUUUCUUUAUUACACAGUCAUCUUAUAAUCAUCUUUUCUUCUAUCUUCUCCUGAAUUGGUAUAUUUGAUAUCAUAGAAGGCCUUGGGCCACCAGUUCAAUUUGAAAGCUUGUUUUCACCUUAAUAGAAACAUUCAUAUAUUUUAGAUAAAAGAAAUGAAAAAGAAAAGUCAUGAAAAAAUGUCAAAUAAAAAACAGAAGCAGAUUGUAACAUGUGUGGCUCUUAUUCAUGGUUUAGAAUAGAUAGGAACUUGUCUACAAUUAGAAUUACUCUUGUAUUAUUACCAAAAUGUGUGGCUCUUGUUCAUCCUUUUCAAACUUCCCAAUCAUAUCAUAUGCAUAAUGAUACUGUUUUAGCACAUGUAUAGGUAGGUAAGUUCAAUUAUUUUCUUUUAGAAGUCACAAUAAACAAAAAAGCUUUACAUGAUCAUAAGCUGUAAACUAAACAACAAAUUUCCAUGGAGAAAAAAAUUCAUAUUGCAGUUGUUCCAGGUGUUGGAUAUAGUCACUUAUUCCCAAUUCUUCAAUUUUCGAAGCUACUUGUUCAGCUUCAUCCAUACUUUCAUGUCACAUGUAUCAUUCCCACACUUGGUUCUCCCCCAAGUUCCUCAGAAACCAUCCUUCAAACCCUUCCAUCAAAUAUCGACUACAUGUUUCUUCCAGAGGUUCAACCUAGUGACCUACCACAAGGACUGCCCAUGGAAAUCCAAAUUCAGCUCACAGUUACUAAUUCUCUCCCAUAUUUGCAUGAGGCAUUGAAGUCUCUUGCUUUAAGGAUUCCCCUUGUGGCCUUGGUGGUUGAUGCUUUUGCUGUUGAAGCACUAAACUUUGCUAAAGAAUUCAACAUGUUGUCCUAUAUAUACUUUUGUGCAGCAGCUAGUACACUGGCUUGGAGCUUCUAUUUGCCUAAGUUGGAUGAGGAAACAACAUGUGAGUACAGAGAUCUCCCAGAGCCUAUCAAAGUACCGGGCUGCGUACCACUCCAUGGCAGGGAUCUCUUGACCAUAGUUCAAGAUAGAUCAAGUCAAGCUUACAAAUACUUCCUUCAACAUGUUAAAAGUUUAAGUUUUGCUGAUGGUGUUCUUGUUAAUAGCUUCUUAGAAAUGGAAAUGGGACCUAUAAAUGCAUUGACAGAGGAAGGAAGUGGCAACCCUUCUGUCUAUCCUGUUGGACCCAUCAUCCAGACAGUAACAGGUUCUGUUGAUGAUGCUAAUGGUUUGGAGUGUCUGUCAUGGUUAGACAAACAACAAUCUUGUUCAGUUUUGUAUGUGUCUUUCGGUAGUGGUGGUACACUUUCACACGAACAAAUUGUUGAGCUGGCUUUGGGUUUGGAAUUGAGUAAUCAGAAAUUCCUAUGGGUUGUGCGAGCACCAAGUAGUAGUUCAUCUAAUGCAGCAUAUCUUUCAGCACAAAAUGAUGUUGAUGCUUUACAAUUUUUACCAUCUGGGUUUUUGGAGAGAACCAAAGAGGAAGGUUUUGUCAUUACAUCAUGGGCACCUCAGAUUCAAAUCCUUAGUCAUAGUUCAGUUGGCGGGUUCUUGAGUCACUGUGGUUGGAGCUCAACACUUGAAAGUGUGGUUCAUGGGGUGCCACUAAUCACAUGGCCUAUGUUUGCUGAACAGGGAAUGAAUGCAGUUUUGGUGACUGAGGGCCUUAAAGUGGGACUGAGGCCAAGAGUUAACGAAAAUGGUAUUGUCGAAAGGGUGGAGGUUGCUAAGGUGAUCAAGCGUCUCAUGGAAGGAGAAGAGUGUGAGAAAUUGCACAAUAAUAUGAAGGAAUUAAAAGAAGUUGCUUCUAAUGCACUCAAAGAAGAUGGAUCUUCUACAAAGACUAUUUCUCAAUUAACACUCAAGUGGAGAAAUUUGGUGCAGAAAAACCAGAUUUAAGGAAUUCUUUUGCUAAUAUUUUUCUUUUUUAACCAUUAUAGUCAUUCUGUUUUUCAUUGGAAUAAUGUUGGAAUCUGCGAGUCUUCUAGGAGAAUCCACAUGAUUCUUUUAGUUAAUGCAUAUCUUCUGUAUCUUCCAAUUUAUUGUCUCUUUAUUUGAUUUUUUUCCCUGAAUUCUCAUUCAGAAUUAUCGUUAUUAUUUGUAAUCGCUCUAUACAAGUAGUAUAUUAACUGAUGAAUAAAGUAUAACAAUAUUCACCCUA